CGUUGACGGAUCCGGUGGUAUGUCUUCUCUCUGAUUUGUGCGCAGAUGCAAGGCUGUAGUGUCCACAGUGUCGAUGAAGUCAAGAAGUAUCGUAAUCACGACCGCGAAUGGAAAAUAUCUUUACGCUAUUUAUGCACACGUUCAUUUUGUUUAUUUACAAUCGGUGAUUAGCCCUGUCGUGUGAAUUUCGUUAAUAUUCUUGGUGUUUAAUAAUCAGUGACUAUUAUUCAAGUGCCUCGGUAUAUUCUGUGAUAUUUUUAAUUCAAUAUUGUGAGCAGUUGUAUGUCUUCUGUUUAGAUUUCCCGCCACCUAAGUAUCGCAAAUAUUCACAUAGAAAAGCGUUCAUCGCAUGAAUCACCGCCUAACAUUCGAAGGUAUGCAAGUAUGUACAGCACGUCAUAAUUUAACCAACAAACGGUGCAAUCACAGUAACUUUAAUUACUGCAGUGAAUCAUAACAUAUACAGCACACUUGUGACGCUAUCCCAGUUAUACGUAUCACUUGCACCUGUUUACGAAAAAGUGUCUUAUCUAUUUGUUAUUUCAACGUGUGAUGAAUUCGAGUAAGAAACUGUGUAGUGUAGAUUGAAAGUUGAUAAGUUCAAGAUAUUUAUCCGAACCAUUAUAAAUGAGUGGCUUGAAUGCAGUGCCAUCUGAGGUAACGCCUUUGAGGAGAACCAAUCAAGUGAUAUCGCAGCGGGCAACCAACACACAAUCAGUGUUGCAGCAAGCUGUGGUUGAGCUCACUAGCAGCAAUAGUACCGGCAGUAGCAAUAGUAACAGUGCAGUGUCCAAUCCGAAUAGUGAAACACCCAUCGUCGAAGAUCGUCGAAACGAUACAAUGGACGACACCAAGCGAAUACUUACUCGUGUCGGCAUCGAUUUUGUCAUUUUGUGUUGCGUCGGGUUCCCCAUUCUGAUAUUUUUCCUGGUCGGGCAACCUUACCAGCGAGGAUUUUUUUGUGAUGACGAAUCACUAAUGCACCCGUUUCACGAUUCGACAGUCACGAAUUGGAUGCUGUACAUCAUUGGAAUAGCGCUUCCCAUUUUGGUGAUAAUCGGCACCGAACUAGUGCGAGCGCACGUGAAAAAACUGGAUGCACAGCCACUGAAGGUGUACAACACCACAAUCCCGUAUUGGGUGGUGGAAGCAUACAAAUCAAUUGGCAUAUUCGGAUUCGGGGCCGCAUGUAGCCAGCUACUAACCGACGUAGGAAAGUAUACCAUUGGCCGAUUGCGACCACAUUUCCUUUACGUCUGCAUACCUCUAAUGCCUGGCAAUACGACUUGCGAAGACAAAAUAAACCAACGCCGUUAUAUCACUGACUUCAAAUGCACAAGUGAGCUGUCUAGCCCUCGCAUGCUGAAAGAGAUGCGACUGUCCUUCCCUAGUGGACAUUCCAGUUUUUCCAUGUAUACUCUAGUCUUUUGUGCCAUCUACCUUCAGUCGCGAAUGAACUGGCGGGGUUCAAAACUCCUGAAGCACUUUAUCCAAUAUCUCCUUAUUCUUCUAGCCUGGUACACUUGUCUUAGUCGCAUCUCGGAUUACAAACAUCACUGGUCAGAUGUGCUUGCGGGUGGUGUCCUCGGAUCAACGGUUGCCAUUGUCGUUUCAAAUUAUUGCACAGAUCUAUUCAAUGCCCGCAGGAAAACUAUGUCCGAUCUACCGCAAACACGCUAUGAACUUAGCCCAAACCAUGCAACUUCCAACGGAAACCAACAGUCCUAGGAACACAUUCCUUUCAUGAGUGUGUGUUUGAUUAAAAAUCACUAAAAUAAGUUCCUUUCACGUAGAGGAAAGAAUCGACUACUAUAUUUAUUAUAUGGUAAUAAAUUUAAUUUAUUUCACAGCUUUGAAAACUGGAACGAAUCACUGAAAAUUUUCCAGAUAGAAUUAUUUAUCAGAAAUAAGGCAGUUAUAUUAAUUUAAGAGUUAGUGCUGCAUUUAGUAAGAUACAUUAUAAAGCUAAAUUAAGGAAACAGUACCCAUUUAAAAAGAGUGAGAGAGCUAGCGAUUAAUAGUUGGUAUUUUUGUUAGAGACAUAUGUAUCAACCGUUCGAGAAGAUUGUAUUUUUCUACUUAGAAAUAUAUUUUGUA